UAAUUUCGAUAUUGCCACCCAACAGUUCUCCCACUCCUUCACCAAUCACCACUGUGUCCUGUCCUCUUCUCUCUCUCUCUCUCUCUGCUUUCUCACCUCUCCGACUCCAUCAUUCGUUUCAUUUCACUCUUUUUUUUUUUCUUUCUUUCUUUCUUUCUUUCUUUCUUUCUUUCUUGGGUCUUUUAUUCUUUCUUCUUCCCUUAAAUUAAAAUUAAAAUUCUUGGAUGUUUUUGUUUCUCUGCGUUUCACACACAAUUCAACGAACCCAUCUUCUUCUUCUUAAGAUUCUGAAUCUUUUAUAUUGAUUGAUUGGCUAGCUUCUCUUCGAUUUUACAGGAUCUGAAGGAAGCUAGGGCUUGAUUUAUUUAUUUUGACAAUUGUAAAUCGGAUUAAUUUUUUUGAUGGGCAAAUCUUUAAAGAAGAGGUUUCUUACUCAAAGUUGAAUACUUUACACUAUUUAUAUACACACACACACACUAAAGAAGAUGUUGGGAGGCAACAAUGAGAACACUGUGCCGCAGGUUCUAAUGAACGAUAGCCAGUUUCAGUACCAGACGAACACAUCGUUGAAUCAGCUUCACUUGCUCGGGACGAUGAGAGCUGGUUGUACUAUUGAUCCUGUAAACUAUUUUGCUAAUGAUAACCUUGCUCCGAUGAUUCGGCAUAUUAGCAAACGGGGAAGGGAAACCGAAAUCAACGAUAAUAAUAUCCAGAGACAGCAGAAGCUGCAGAUCUCUUUGAACCAUAACUACAACAACAAUAGUAUUAUUGUUCAAGAUGAAGUCCCAAAGCAGAACUUAGUGUCAACUGGUCUGAGACUAUCUUACGACGACGAUGAGCGCAACUCUUCUGUAACUUCGGCAAAUGGAAGCAUCACAAAUCCAGUCUUUCAGUCACUUGGUGACAAUAUCAGAGUGGACCUCGAUAGACAGAGAGAUGAGCUUGAUCAGUUUAUUAAAUUCCGGGCGGAUCAAAUGGUUAAAGGUGUGAGAGAUAUAAAACUGAGACAUGUAAAGACAUUUGUCACAGCCUUAGAAAAGGAUGUGAGCAAGAAGCUUCAAGAGAAAGACCAGGAGAUUGAAAGCAUGAACAAGAAGAAUCGGGAACUCGUGGAUAAGAUAAAACAAGUGGCAGUGGAAGCUCAGAACUGGCAUUACAAAGCAAAGUACAAUGAAUCUGUGGUUAAUGCCUUGAAGGUUAAUUUGCAACAAGUGAUGUCACAUGGAAACGACAACAAUGCAGUAAGAGUAGUAGCUGAUCAUCAUCAUAUGAAAGAAGGGUUUGGGGAUAGUGAGAUUGAUGACGAGGCACCCUCAUACAACUACUUGAACAUCCCGGGGAUGCCAAGUGCUGGGAUGAGAUGCAAGUCUUGUAACAUAAAAGAGGUUUCGGUCUUGCUCGUGCCGUGUAGACACUUGAGUUUGUGUAAAGACUGUGAUGUAUUUACUGGUGUUUGUCCUGUUUGCCAGUCUUUGAAAACAUCAAGCGUUCAGGUCUUCUUCUCCUGAGUUGUCCUAAUACCCUGGAAAGUUAAUGAUGGAGAAUGGAACAUAUUUUGUAUGUGAUGAUGAUGAGCUCAACAUGAAAAAUUUGCUUGAGUAUCU